UCCCUUCACCUUCUUUCCCCCUUUGGAUUAUCCUGAGCCUCAUAAAUGCCCCGCGCCGGCUGUUUAGAGGAUGAUAAAGCUUCGGGAACCCUGGUCCGGGGCGAAACCUGUUUCCCCUGGCUUUGCACGGAUCCGCUGCUACUGCUCGUUCAGUUCUGCAGCGCCUUAGGGUUGAGAUCCUUGACGUUUAUUCUGGGCCGCGGGCAUAGGGGCAAAUGAUUUUUUUAAAAAAAUUGCUACUAUAUAUAAUCUUUAGAGAUGAGAAGUAAAGAAGAAAGAUAAAAGUGAUGGAGGAACAGGAUUUACUGAAAUCUUGUGUUGUUAGGGUUAGAGUGAAAUCUAAAUAAUUCACAUACCAGAUAGGAGAAGCGGCCCCUAAAUUUACAACAUAGAAAUGUGAUGUGGAGCUUCUCGCUGAUGCAGUCAUUGUGAAAUUUUCAAGUGAUCUUACAUUUUGCAUAGCCACUCAUAGUUUGCAAUUCCCUUUUGGAUAUGUGACAUAUGUAAGGCUAAAUAGGUAGGUUUUUUUUUAAAGCUUUUUGUUUUUAAUAGACCCAAACAAGACUUCAAAAUUCCAAACCUGAACGUCAUGUGUUCUUUUUGUUUUUUGUUUAUAUUUUUAUUGUUUUUACUUUGUCAGAGUCUAGGUGAUACAAAUAACUUUAUUCUUACAUGUUCAGGAAGAACUCUCUUACUCCUUCAUUUAGAAGUUAAAAAAAAAAAAAACUUGUCUUUUGUAUUGGGAUGACAGGUAAGUAAUUGCAUUUCAGCAUUUCCCUCAUAUAAAUUAUUUCUGUCCGACUCUACCAUUAAUCUUGCAUGGAGCCUUCAGUGCCAUGGAAAUGAUGGCAUCUGUUUAAAUUGGUGAAUGAAAUUGAGCUCAAUGCUUGUUACUUUUAGGAAAUAAUCUUCAUUUUAGUAAUUUGAGAGGGUUAAAAAUCCAAAAGAACUGUUCAGUUCGACGGAAUGAAAAUUGGUGUUUGAUGAUGAACUUGAAGGUCUGAACUCAAGGGAACUCAACUUGAUUGUCUAAAUAGGCUGUGAAUUUAUGUUUUCAGUUCAACUUUGGCACAUGAUUUCAUCAUAGUUUUGUUUAUGAAGCUUUAAUAACUUAAGGUGGCUUCAUUCAAAAAAAAAAAACUUCUUUGAGAUGGUUUUAAGUAUGCCUUUUAUGUGUUAUAAAGUAGUCUAGCCUGUCCUCAUUUUGCCGUGUGGUGCAGUUUAUCACAGCUAACAGCACAUUGCAUUAAAAAUCCAGCCUAGGUAGUUUAAGUAAUUAUAAAUUUCACCUUGCUGUGAUGAUGCAUUGGUGUAGAUUCUUGAAGUGCAAUAAGAUUUUCAACUCCAGAGCACAUUCAUAAUAUUAAGUAUCUUAGGAAAAUGUAUUGAUGGAAAUUUUCCAGCAUCAGAAUAGCUCCAAAAUUACUUCAGGAAUCGCAAGAAUAAGAGCUUUGCAGUUAGAAAAAAUGGGCAAAAGACUUCGAGGAGUUAUUCAAGUCUAAAUGAACAUCUUUAAUGCUUACAAUAACAGGUGUAGCACAGUACAUUAGAAUCAUGAUAUUGCUUACAUGAUAGUUAUGGUCUUUCAUUUUUCACCAGAUUUUCAUGUUUUUCCAUUGACAUGACAUUUCUUAUUUUAUUUACUUUCUUUAGUGUAUACAUUUCCAUUUUCAUGAAUACUGUAUAUGGGAGUUUUAGAAUUUGUAUAAAUCACUUGUGUACUUCCUUGGGAAUGUGUUUAUGAUACCUUUUUCUCUUCAGUAGGGAUAUGUCCUCAGCACCAACUACUCCUCCAUCAGUGGAUAAAGUAGACGGAUUUUCUCGGAAGUCCGUCAGAAAAGCCAGACAGAAGAGGUCGCAGAGUUCCUCACAGUUUAGGUCUCAGGGCAAACCUAUUGAGUUAACACCUCUGCCGCUGCUAAAAGACGUUCCAUCCUCAGAGCAGCCUGAACUGUUCCUAAAGAAACUUCAGCAGUGCUGUGUCAUUUUUGACUUCAUGGACACGCUAUCUGAUCUUAAAAUGAAAGAAUACAAGCGCUCCACUCUUAAUGAACUGGUGGACUACAUUACAAUAAGCAGAGGCUGUUUGACAGAGCAGACUUACCCUGAAGUAGUUAGAAUGGUAUCUUGCAAUAUAUUCAGAACUCUCCCUCCCAGUGACAGCAACGAAUUUGAUCCAGAAGAAGAUGAACCUACGCUUGAGGCAUCGUGGCCACACUUACAGCUUGUAUAUGAAUUUUUCAUACGAUUUUUGGAAAGCCAAGAAUUCCAACCCAGCAUUGCCAAAAAAUACAUAGAUCAGAAAUUUGUAUUACAGCUUUUGGAGCUAUUUGACAGUGAAGACCCUCGGGAACGGGACUAUUUAAAAACAGUCUUACACAGAAUUUACGGCAAGUUUCUUGGUCUUAGAGCAUUUAUCCGAAAACAGAUUAACAAUAUUUUUCUAAGGUUUGUUUAUGAAACAGAACACUUCAAUGGUGUAGCUGAACUGCUGGAAAUAUUAGGAAGUAUUAUCAAUGGCUUUGCUUUACCUCUUAAGGCAGAACACAAACAGUUUCUGGUGAAAGUGUUGAUCCCUUUACACACUGUCAGGAGCUUAUCACUCUUCCAUGCUCAGCUGGCAUAUUGCAUAGUACAGUUUCUGGAGAAAGAUCCUUCACUCACAGAACCAGUUAUUAGGGGAUUAAUGAAAUUUUGGCCCAAAACAUGUAGUCAAAAAGAGGUCAUGUUCCUUGGGGAGCUGGAAGAAAUAUUGGAUGUGAUUGAACCUUCACAGUUUGUUAAAAUUCAAGAACCUUUGUUUAAACAAAUUGCCAAGUGUGUAUCUAGCCCCCAUUUUCAGGUGGCAGAAAGGGCACUCUAUUAUUGGAAUAAUGAAUAUAUCAUGAGUUUAAUAGAAGAAAACUCUAAUGUCAUCCUUCCCAUCAUGUUUUCCAGUCUUUAUAGGAUUUCUAAAGAACAUUGGAAUCCGGCUAUUGUGGCAUUAGUGUACAAUGUGUUGAAGGCAUUUAUGGAAAUGAACAGCACCAUGUUUGAUGAGCUGACAGCCACAUACAAGUCAGAUCGUCAGCGUGAGAAAAAGAAAGAAAAGGAGCGUGAAGAACUGUGGAAAAAAUUGGAGGAUCUGGAGUUAAAGAGAGGUCUUAGACGUGAUGGGAUAAUUCCAACUUAACAAAAAUAAUGACAACAACAUUACUAACCUGUGGAGUCACACAUUUAUGUAGUAGAAGAUGGAGCAACAGUUUUCUGUAUUGUGCAACUUUACAGUAGAUUUCACAUUUGUUUCAUUAUUACAACAGCACUGUAUAUACCUACCUGUCUCUAAGUAAAGGAAAAACAAAAUAAGGACUUCAAUCCAAAGUUUGGACAGUAGAUGGACUUCUCAGAACUUUGCAAACAUAAUCAUUGUUCUAACCCUCUUUAAAAAAAAAAAAGCAGUCUUCAGAGAUCUGUUGAUGAAAUUGCUGUGUUAAAAUUCCAUUGUCAGGAUUUCCUUAUUUAUCAUUAGCAGAGAGUAUGAUACAAUUUUCAAAUGUGAACAAUCUUAAAUUUAGCUUGUCUUUCUGCUAAGCUGUUAAAUGUAUUUAUAGUAAAUGGAAGAAAAAGACUGUCAUUUCCUUAUAAGUUUGUAUAACAUCCUCGUCUGGAUAACUUGACUGUAAUUUGACAUCUUUUUCCUUUUGCACAUCUUCAUGAGUUGAAUGUCCACAUGGAACGGGGCCAUGAAUUAUAAAGGUCCCUGAUAAAAGUUUUGUGUACUGGGGUGAACAUCUUUCCAGUAACCAGGUAGUCCUGGUACUCCUUUAGUCUUAAAAUUAGGAGUAAAAGAGAAGAGGUGAUAAACAUGGUAGGGAAGGGAGUUUUGGAUUCAUUGCAUCAGUUUAUGGUGAAUCUGAAUCAAUGUCUUGAAUCCUUUGAAAACAGGCCCUGGGACAUCACAGGCUUCAGUACCUGACCAGUAUUAGUUGCAUACAUCAUUGAACACACAUACCAGAGACGUUUUAGAAAUGUCAGUAAAACAUUUGGACCAUUUUGAAAUAAGAAAGACAAACACUAAACAGUACAACCAUGAAAUUAAUUGCCAAGGAUUGCGAAUCUGAUUGGGGAAAAGAGUUGAGCAAACAGCUUGGACUGUUUGGAGUUGUUGCCUUACUUUUUAAUAUGUAUUUAUAAAGUAUUCCAGCAAAAGAGGAUGUAACCUCUGGGGAAAAAAAAAAAAACACAAAAACAUGUUGCAA